AUGUCAGCGUUAAUGAUAUCCAAAAUAUCGAGCACCGCUGGAAUUCUUGACGAAAGAAGUGAGUGCGACUUGGUGAGGGUUAGCCAAGCAAGAGGAAGGGAAGUGAGCGCUAAGGUGGCGGUGAAGGAGCAAAUCUCGGUCCAGCCACGCACAAUAUCUUCCUCAUCCACUGAUCAAACCAAUUUUUCAGCCAAUAAUAUUAACUUUUAUAGUCGUCCAUCAGAAGACUUAUCGAAACGAUACUCCCGUCGCGAUAGUGAAAUAAAAGGUUAUUUCAGGACUAAGAGAAAAGGUUAUAAACUUGACGGAAAGAAAUACGUCGGGGCUCAUACAGCCUGCGACGACCACCCGUCUAACGGCUCCAUUGCCGCGCCUUCGGUUCACGCAAGCAAUUCAAUAGUGACGGUAGAAAAACGGGUGGCCGAAGCCGAAUGCACAGUGCCUAUGGCGAAUGGUGAAAAUGCUGCACAAACCAGCGGGACAUGUUCCGAUCGAACGACCAGUGAUGUCGAAAAGAUUCUUCAUAAUCCCAUUCAUAGGAGACCUUUUCAACAAUUUCUUGAGCAACAAUUUUGUGCUGAAAACAUCAACUUCUAUGUGGCGGUUGAAGAAUAUCGUGCCAUCCCUGAUAGUGAGAUGGAAAAACGUUCGAAAGUUGCUCGUCAAAUCUAUGAAAGGCAUUUCACGGCGAAUAGCAUCGAACCAGUGAACAUUGAUAACAGUACGAGUAAAAGCAUAAGGGACGCCGUAUCGGCACAACAGUUCUCUGCACAGCUGUACGAUGUAGCACAGUACCAAAUCUUCCAUCUCCUCAAAUACGAUUGUUGGCCACGAUAUUUACGUGCAGGUGGAGUGGCACCAACGUUUGAUGACCAAGCUACCGGUGAAGAGCAUCCAGGACCAUCAACGCAGUCUUCUCAGGUUUGUUCGUUCAUUUCAGCCGGUUUUGUUUCGUCAUCUUUUCUUAGGUAUUCAUUGUUAUUUACAGCCUUAUAG